AUGCCACUUGAUGUUGUAUACGUAGGUGGCCAAAAUGGUGCCCAACUGCACGUAGGCAAACUGCUCUCCGAUACAGCGGUGUCUUCCUCCGCCAAAAGGCAAGUAUGGGGAAGAAACACCCUUUGUGAUUUUGCCAAAACCGUAGUCGACAGCGUCGCCCUCAGACACAGAGGAGGCCCAGUCGUUGUCCCAUCUGUGGGGGUCGAAGGUAUCUGCUUUAGGGAACCAUCUUUCCGAGGUCUGGGCGUAACCAGGCGAAACCAACACAUGGUGGCCCUUUGGAACCACGUAGCUGGUGUUGGGCACCACCAAGUUGUGCUUGACUUUUCUAAAGAUCGAGUGCAAAGGCAUGUGGAGACGCAAGGUUUCCUUGAUGGUUUGGUUGACCAAGUGCAUUUCUUGCAAAUCUUCGUACGACAAGUCGGUGAUCUUGCCGCCCUUUUUGGUCAACACGCUGAGCACCUCGUUGUACAAUUCUUCCUGGAGCUCUGGCUUUUCGGCCAAGUGCAACAAGAACCACGCAGAUGUGGCGGCAGACGUGUGCUGACCGCCCAUCAAAACACCAAUCAACAAGUUGGCAAUCUCCUGGUCGGUCAUUUUCACGCCGUCCUUGUAGGUGGAGUUGAGCAUGAGCGAGUCGAUCAAGUCUCUGUCUGGCACGAUGUCGCCCGACUUUCUUCUGUCGUUAAUCAACGACAUGUAUGUGGCAGAGAUCUUUCUCUGCGCCUCGUCUCUGCGUCUGUAGGCGGGCAAGGGCAAGUGGGGGAAAACGAAGUUGAUGGGCGUGAAGCCCUUGUCCAAGUCCGAGUACAACUGCGCGAACGACGUGUCGAAACGGGCUCUCAUGUCGUCACCCAUCAAAGACUUGGACGCGGUCAAAAUGGUCAAUUCCGGCUGGGUUUUCAUCACGUUGGCCACGCCGCUGUUGCGCUCGGUCAUGCUGAAGUCCAGGCACGACUUGAAGUAGUCAAGGAUCUCCUCCUGGAUGCGAGGAACGUACUUCUGGAACGAGUCCUUGGUCAAGGCAAACUUGGCAAACUUCUUUUGCUCCAUCAACCGGUGGUUGGGGCAGUCGUAGAUCACACCUUUGCCGAACACAGGCGUGGUCAAGUGGCUGUAGGCCUCUUCGGCGGAAACGUCCGCAAGCUUCGAGUUCAACACAAACUCAUGGCCCUUUGGGCCCAAGUACACCGUCAUCACACGGCCCAACAACAUGAAGGCAAACACAUCGCCGUAUUUCUCUCUGCAGCUCUCGAAAAACUCGUAAGGCUGCAUACCAUAGGGAAUGGCCGAGCCGAACCACGGAAUCCAGUGGAAAACCAUUGGUACCCGGUCUUUUCUCAACGAAUACACAAACUGCCACAACACAUUGAACACGAUGGGCGUGAACACCAAAAGCGCGAUUUUGGACAAAAGUCCAAGCAGACAAAACUGCGCGUAGCCCCAAGCGACGUACUCUGCCAAAGCCAUAGCGGAUACUGGAAGAGAUUUUUUUUUUGUCGACUCACCAAUGUCAUAUAUACUGUUGGUAAGGCUAUACGAUGGUGCACGGGUGUGCGCGCGUCUGGGGCUAUGAUAGAGAUGCCGAUAGACCUGGUUGGCGAAAGAGAGGCGGGAAAAAAGCGGGAGAAAGGGGAAACGGGGCAGAAAAGGGUGAACGACAUUUCUGUUUGUGGGGCCUGUUCCGUUUUGCCUCCUCUUGCUCCGUUCGUGUUUAUGCCAUCGUAUGAGCGCAUCGCCAGAGAUGUCGUGUACUGCACAUAA